AUGGCCUCAGCGGUGCUGGGGUGCAGGCAGCAGUGCCCGGCGCGGGUCGCGGACUCCGUCUCCCAGCUGGGCCCCCCGCCAGGCGACCCACAGCCUUUGGCAGCCCUGCAGGAGCUCCAGGCUGUUCUGUCCUACGACGGCUCGCUGUCGACCAGGGCGGAGGCGAUGGGCGUCUCCCGGCUCUCGCUACCUCCUCCAGGUGACCACCCCGUGGCGCUGGAGCGGCUGCUGGGGGCCGAGGUCUUCGACUCCGUCUAUCGCGUUAUCUCGUGCAAGGUCUUGCCAAAGACAAAAGUUUUGCAGCAGAAGCAGAGCGCUGGCUUCGAGAAGCCCUACUCGGACCCCUGCCUUCGAGACCCGCGUCUCCACGGGGCCGGGGUGGUCGACCUCGUCGGCGACGCCGCCCUGGUGGUCGACGAGGUUGGCCUGUUCAGCGGCGCCCGCCUGGCCACGGGCGCGGCGCUGGCGGCGAUCGAGCUGCCGGACGGCGCCAACUUGUGGGCCGCUUCGGCGGACAUCGCGGACGCCUUCUACAACGUGCAGUUGCCGGACGCUUGGAGGCAGCCGCGCGCGCAGCGGCUCUGGCCGCGGCUCGCGGUGCUGCCCAUGGGCUGGCCCCACGCGCUGGCCGUCUGCCAGCGGGUGUCGGAGGCGGCCGCCGACCGCGCAGGGCUGCCAGCGCUGUCCAGGAUCGCGGACCGGAGGACUGGCCCUAGCCUGGGCGCCGGCGCGCACCUCGUGCAAGUCGACAACUUCGCCUCCCUCGCCCUCGACGGUGACACCGCCGACCGCCUGAAGGAUGACAUGGUCGCCGAGCUGCGCAGCGAGGGCCUUCCGGUGCGCCAGGUCGUGGGCCACUACACCUUCCUAUUCAUGGCGAGGCGCCCGCUGCUGGCAGUUUUCUCGGCCGUGUACCGCUUCAUCGCAAAGGCCGGCGAGGCGCCUAGGCCUUGGUGGCCCAGCGUGCGCCGAGGGCUGACGUGGGCCAUGGGGGUUGUCCCGCUGGCUCACGCCGACUUCCGGGCCCCCUGGCUGGGCCGAGUUCUGCGCGCGGAUGCCUCCGAGUGGGGCCGAGGGGUAUGCGAGCGUGAAAUGAGCAACGACGUUGUGGAGAAGAUGGGUAGGAUCCAGGGGCGCUGGCGCUUCCGAGACCCCAGUGCGAGGGCGCCCCGGCAGCAGCUCAUCGAGCCCCUCGAGCCCCUGGAGGCCCUCGCCUACUCCGAGCCGUCCUCGAAAGGUCACGUCUGCAGCGCCCCGUCGUACAUCCAGGGGCCCGUCGCCCCCAUGAACAAAGGCAGCCCCCACGCGGAGCCCCAGGGGGCCGACUUCGAGCCUCUGGAAGUGCAUCGCAUCUCAGGGGACUGGGUUGUCAUCUCGAGCGGG